AUGGCGCUGGCGUUGGCCGGUUAUGCGUUUGCGGCCUCGGUGGCCGGCCAGGCACGCGGCGCACCGGCCCUGGUCGAUAGCGGGCGUAAGGCGUGCUACGUCCUGGUGCUGGUGCUGCUGGUGGCUACUCUAUCGCUGGUGCAGUCCUUCAUCACCCGCGAUUUCUCGCUGGCCUACGUUGCCGCGCACAGCAACCUGGCGAUGCCCAACAUCUACACCUGGGUGGCAUUUUACGCCGGCAACGAGGGCUCACUGCUAUACAUCGCGUUCGCCCUGUCGGUCAUGGCGGCGGUGGCGAUCUGGCUGGCGCCGGCGGCCACCCGCCCCGACGCUGGCCUGGACGGUUGCCGUCCUGAUCGGUUGCCCUUUGCGGUGCCCGACGGCCAGGGCAUCAACCCGCUGCUCACCCACUUCGGGAUGUUCUUCCACCCACCGGCAUUGAUGGCCGGGCUGGUGGGGAUCAGCAUACCCUUUGCAUUCUCGCUGGGCGGACUCAUCGGCGGGCGCGCCGGCGACGAGUGGAUUGACGCCGGGCGCGCUUGGGGAGUUGGCAUCUGGGCGUUGCUGGCUGCCGGCCUGCUGCUGGGGUCGUGGUGGGCGUACACCAUCCUGGGCUGGGGCGGUUUCUGGUUCUGGGAUCCGGUGGAAAACGCCGCCUUCAUGCCCUGGAUUGCCCUCACCGCCUUCGUACACUCCAUCAUGGUGCAGAAGCGCCGGGGAAUGUUCCGAAUGUGGAACAUCGUGCUGAUUGACGUGGCCUUCGCGCUGGCGCUGUACGGGAUGUUCAUGAACCGCGGCGGGCCGGUGCCGUCGGUGCACUCCUUCGGAGCAUCGACGCUGGGUUGGGUGUUCCUGCUGUUCCUCGCGGUGGGCGUGGUGGUUCCGCUGGCGAUAUUCUUUUGGCGAUACGACCGGAUGCGCAGCGCCCAGCGGCUGGACUCCCUGCUGUCGCGGGAAGCGGCAUUCCUGCUGAACAACCUGCUACUGCUGGGCGUCGCCUUCGCCACGCUGUGGGGCACCGUGUACCCGCUGCUGUCCCGCCUGUUCGCCGACCAGGAAAUCACGGUGGCACGCCCCUUCUACGAUCAGGUCAACGGCCCGUUGAUGCUGGCGUUGGUGCUCUUGAUGGGCGUCGGGCCCCUCCUGCCCUGGCGUCGUGCCAACCUGCAAUCAUUGCGGCGUGCACUGAUGCUGCCGGGGUCGGUGGCGGCAGCAAUGGUGGUUGUUCUACUGGUUGCGGGAAUUCGCCAACCCUAUGCUGUAAUCGGUUUUGCCCUGUGCGCCCUGGUCGCCACUGGCAUCGUAGCCGAGUGGGUUCGUGGCGUGGUAGCGCGCCGCCGCAGCGCCGGCGACAAUCCGGCCAUCGGAUUCCUGCGGUUGAUUGCCGCGAACCGACCACGCUACGGCGGCUACAUCGUGCAUCUGGCUGUCAUAAUGGUCGCGCUGGGCGUGGUAGGCCAGUCGUUCUACGGGGUGCAGCGCGACGUGGUGCUUGCGCCAGGAGAGUCGGUUACGGUGCGUGACUACCGCAUGGAAUACGUGGACACAACGACCUUCGCGUUCUCCGACCGCACCGAAUUCCGCUCCACGGUCGAGUUAUAUCGCGAUGGGGAGUUGCUGGAAGUGAUGCAGCCUCGCCGCACGUUUCAUCCCGAACAGAACAUGGCGGCUACCCGAGCGGCCAUCCGCUCCACGCCGGUGGAGGAUUUUUACGUGGUGCCCAGCGAAAACAUUGACGGUGGCGCGGUGGGUUUCCGCGUCCUGGUCAAUCCGCUGGUGUGGUGGAUGUGGGUCGCUGGCGCGGUGAUGAUUGCCGGUACAGUGGUGGCCUUGUGGCCGUCCCGCGUUCCGGAGCGCCGGCCCGUGCCAGCCCCGGCGGUCGCCGGCCCCGCCGCCGCCGACUAG